CCGGGGCAGCCCGGAAAGCUCCGAGGAGGAGCCUGGCGCCGCCAUUUUCCUGCAGCUGCCUGUCCCUCUUACCCUGCCCCGCUCCAGCUGACCAGGGAAGGGGUGGGCUGAGCUGAGGCGGGGGCAGAGGAGCGCCCGACACCGUGCCUGACCCCGCGGGUGACACAAGCCUGUUCUUUCCGGGCUGGGUGGCAGCGCGCGGCCCUGAGCCCCGCCCCAGGCCGGCAGGCAGAGAAGGAGCCGGUGGGGGUAGGGGGUGCGGUGGGGGGCGGGGGUCCUCCGGCUUUUGGGGGUCCCAGUCCCCGCCGGCUGCGGAACGGGAGGGGUGGCGGAGGAGCCGCAGAGAUGUCCGGCCAGAGCUUGACGGACCGAAUCACCGCCGCCCAGCACAGUGUCACCGGCUCCGCCGUAUCCAAGACAGUAUGCAAGGCCACGACCCACGAGAUCAUGGGGCCCAAGAAAAAGCACCUGGACUACUUAAUUCAGUGCACAAAUGAGAUGAACGUGAACAUCCCACAGUUGGCAGACAGUUUAUUUGAAAGAACUACUAACAGUAGUUGGGUGGUGGUAUUCAAAUCUCUCAUUACAACUCAUCAUUUGAUGGUGUAUGGAAAUGAGCGUUUUAUUCAGUAUUUGGCUUCAAGAAACACGUUGUUUAACUUGAGCAAUUUUUUGGAUAAAAGUGGAUUACAAGGAUAUGAUAUGUCUACAUUUAUUAGGCGGUAUAGUAGAUAUCUAAAUGAAAAAGCAGUUUCAUACAGACAAGUUGCAUUUGAUUUCACAAAAGUGAAAAGAGGGGCUGAUGGAGUUAUGAGGACAAUGAACACAGAAAAACUUCUAAAAACUGUACCAAUUAUUCAGAAUCAAAUGGAUGCCCUUCUUGAUUUUAAUGUUAAUAGUAAUGAACUUACAAAUGGGGUAAUAAAUGCUGCCUUCAUGCUUUUGUUCAAAGAUGCCAUUAGACUGUUUGCAGCAUACAAUGAAGGAAUUAUUAACCUGUUGGAAAAAUAUUUUGAUAUGAAAAAGAACCAGUGCAAAGAAGGUCUUGACAUCUAUAAGAAGUUCCUGACCAGGAUGACAAGAAUCUCAGAGUUUCUCAAAGUUGCAGAGCAAGUUGGAAUUGACAGAGGUGAUAUACCAGACCUUUCACAGGCCCCCAGCAGUCUACUUGAUGCUUUGGAACAACAUUUAGCUUCCUUGGAAGGGAAGAAAAUCAAAGAUUCUACAGCUGCAAGCAGGGCGACUACACUUUCCAACGCAGUCUCUUCCCUGGCAAGUACUGGCCUGUCUCUUACCAAAGUGGAUGAAAGGGAAAAGCAGGCAGCAUUAGAGGAAGAACAGGCUCGUUUAAAAGCUUUAAAGGAACAGCGCCUAAAAGAACUUGCGAAGAAACCUCAUACCUCUUUAACAACUGCAGCCUCUCCUGUGUCUGCCUCAGCAGUGGGUAUAAUGACUGCAUCAGCCAUUGAUAUAUUUUCUACUCCUAGUUCUUCUAACAGCACAUCAAAGCUACCAAAUGAUCUGCUUGAUUUACAACAGCCAACUUUUCACCCAUCUGUACUUCCAAUGUCAACUGCUUCUCAGGUAGCAAAUACAUGGGGAGAUCCUUUCUCUGCUACUGUAGAUGCUGUUGAUGAUGCCAUUUCAAGCUUAAAUCCUUUCCUCACAAAAAGUAGUGGUGAUGUUCACCUUCCUAUUUCUUCAGAUGUAUCUACUUUUACUACUAGGACACCUACUCAUGAAAUGUUUGUUGGAUUCACUCCUUCUCCAGUUGCACAGCCACAUCCUUCAGCUGGCCUUAAUGUUGACUUUGAAUCUGUGUUUGGAAAUAAAUCUGCCAAUGUUAUUGUAGAUUCUGGGGGCUUUGAUGAACUAGGUGGACUUCUCAAACCAACAGUGGCCUCUCAGAACCAGAGUCUUCCUGUUGCCAAACUCCCACCUAACAAGUUAGUAUCCGACGACUUGGAUUCAUCCUUAGCCAACCUUGUGGGCAACCUUGGCAUUGGAAAUGGAACCACUAAAAAUGAUGUAAAUUGGAGUCAGCCAGGUGAAAAGAAGCUAACUGGAGGAUCUAACUGGCAACCAAAGGUUGCACCAACAACUGCUUGGAAUGCUGCAACAAUGGCACCCCCUGUAAUGGCCUAUCCUGCUACUACACCAACAGGCAUGAUAGGAUAUGGAAUCCCACCUCAAAUGGGAAGUGUACCUGUAAUGACACAACCAACCUUAAUAUACAGCCAGCCUGUCAUGAGACCACCAAACCCCUUUGGCCCUGUAUCAGGAGCACAGAUACAGUUUAUGUAACUAGAUGGAAGAGAAUGGAAUUUUUCCAAAAAGACAAGUGCUCAAGCAGCAAAUACUUACUUCCAGCAAAAUCCAAACUGCUGUCUCUUAAACUCUCUUCUUCCAUUAGAAUGCUACAGUAACCCAGUGAAGGCCCAUGAAGGAAGUUGGGACUAGUCUAUAGGAGAAUGUAUCUAUACAGUUUAUAAAGCCAAGAAUUGCCAGGAUUUCAGACUAAGAGCUGUCUUUUUGGUGACUAACCCUUCAGUUCUUUCAACUCCUAUUAAUACCCAUAAUUAGUAAGCUACCAAGAAAAGCCCUUAUUUGGGAAGUGUGAAAUUUGUAUUUGGAAAAGCUGCCUGGAGAGAAGAACUGUGUUCUUUACUAUAAUGCAACAGGACUCUUUGGGGGGGAUCAAAAUCAUAACUCUUAAUUACGCAGUAUCUUUCUUUACUCCAGUCCUCACAGAUACAGACACAGUAACUAAAGUUAACUUUUCUUUUUAAAAAAAUUAUAUAUUCAGUUUGCAGUAGACAUUCCUUAAGUAUUUGUAUUUAUUUAUGAUUAUCGAUUUACAUAACAUUAAUAUUGUAUCAAACCUCCUUAUGAAAAUGAGUAUGGAUGUAUACGGUAUGUUUGAUUUUUAUCCACAAGAAUGAAUCUGAUUCAGAAUGCUUUUCAGCUGACAUACAGAGCACUAAAUAUUAUAAGGCGAGUCCAUAGGUCUGAAUCAUUUAAGAAUUCUCAGCCUCUGUGGGAUUUAGGGAAGCAUUAUAAAUGCAUUAAUCCUUAUAGUCAAUUCUGUGCCUAGGAUUUUGCAAGGGAACAGUUCACUGACUAGGAAAAGCACUACAUUUUAAAUUCAGCAUUAGUGCAUUGGAAAGGAACUUUACUGCUUUGUGCUUGGCAUGUCAUUAUUUUCCAUGUGACAUUAGGGCCUUUCAAAAAUGAAUGUGAGGAAUUGCUUUCACUUCAAGACUUUCCUUCUUUUCAGUAAAACUGUAGGAGGUGUUAUGGGGGGAGGGAAGGGAACAAAAUCCUUAAACCUUUUAUUUGGCACAUGCCAUGUUAUGAUCAUAUAUCUUUUAAAUAAUGGGAAAUAAUAUCUUUAAAGUUAAUGUCUAGCCAAGAGUUUAGUUAACGAAGAAAACUGCACUGUUGAUCGGUGCUUUGUGUAAAUACAUCUUAACAUUUGGAUUGAGAGGGGCCUUAAGAAGGACAGUUUGUUGUAGGAAAGCAAUUCUGUACAUGAGUUUAAGCAUACUUGUUGCAUUGUCUCUGCAGAUUCUAUUUUUGUUUACAAUAUUAAAAUGUAUGUUAGCAAAAAUGGGUGGAUUUUCAAAUAAAAUGCAGCUUCCACAAAACUUUUGUUAUGUUAUUCUGGUCUGAGGUGCAUUUUUUUUGUUUUUUUCCUUUUUCUUUAUUAUAAGUAUUUUUAUUUUUUAUUUUUUUCUCAUAGAAGCAUAUGCAGGUAAUUAUAUUUGCUGAUUUAAUAAAAUGUACAAUUUAUUUCUGUUUUAACUUGAUUUCCAAAAAGAUUUAUCUUUAUUCUUUUGAUUACCUUCUAGUCUCUUACUGAUAAACAGAACUACUUAUUAAAAUUGUUCAUUUUUGUCUUGGGAUCAGAUGCCUUUGGUCAGGUAAGUUUAAGGGAGAAAAUGCUUUGAGUUUGACAUUCUGAUGCAUGUGAUUAUGUCUGCCAAAGAAAAUUCUGACUGUAUCAUGUUUUAUAUUGAAUAGUAAGUAGGAUUCAGAGUAUAUAAUAGAGGGCUUAAAAGCUUUGUGCAUUGAUAAAUGUUUGCAUAAUAUUUGCGAUGGUUGGAAAAAAAUAGUCUUUAGCCAAUAUACUUUGUUAAUUUUACCAAUUUCUAAGUUUCACUAUUAUUAAACCAUUUUCAUAUAAAA